AUGUCCAGCGCUACGAGGUUCGUUCUUUUCGGCGGGCCGAUCCUGCUCCUCAUCUUGACGGCUGUCGCGGGCUACUCAUUCUCCAAAAUCCGCUCCCUCUCCCUUCCGAUUCCCGAAGCCCUCGCACUCUUCACUGUCGUCCUCCCAAUUAUCACCGGGAUCUCAGUCCAAAGCGCCUAUGGCAUAAUCCAGCGAUCGACUAGAAAAAAGAAGCACCAGAUUGCCAUUCCGCUCAUCGCCGUGGUCGGUUUCCAACUCUACGAAACGAUCGUGGCUACUCUUGCCUUGACCCAUAUGCUGCCACCAUCAUCCCUACGCUGUGGCCUAGAAACCAAAUGGGGAAAUUUGUAUCGUUCUAAGAACGCUGAGGCAAUUCGGAGAAUCCAAGAUAGCCUCAAUUGCUGCGGUUUGAAUAGUGUGCGGGAUCGCGCGUUCCCAUUUGGAUCUCCGUCUCAUUGUGACGAAGUGUUCGGCAGAAGCAAUAGCUGUUUUGGGGAGUGGAGACAGCAAGAGCAGCUCCAUGCUGGGCUACUACUACUUGUUGCUUUGGUUGUGUUUGCGGUAAAGGUCGUAUCAAUCACUUCCUUCCUCUCAACGUCCUCCUGGACGCGCUCGGGCCUACUACGCUAUUUCAAACAACUUGGAUUCCAUAAUUCAGGUAACCAACAGGAAGACAGCAGGGCAGAAAUAAGAGGGUUGAUCGAGGAAGGCAGUGCACCAGCUCCUUAUCGCGACGACCCUACUGAAUCCGCUCAUUCCCCACCAGGAAGUAAUACGGCCGAAAGCCAAGGCCCAAGAGUUGAACCCUCACAGCUGGUUGAUGAUCGUAAUGAGUGGCGGGAUGAGGAACAGGGACAUGUUGCCUAG